UUUGACUCUUCUUCUUCCCAAAACCUUUCUGUUGUUCCUCGACCCACUUUACUCUUUCUGUCUGGUCGCUGGCAAAAAAGGGAAAGAAAAAUUGUUGCAUUAUACGCUCCACCGUAGGGGACAAAGUAGAAUAGUCAGAGUCUUCCUAGGUUUGUUUAGGUGGGGUGAUGUGAGGCGAGUUGAUUUGAUUUUUUUCUUUUUCUCGUAAACAAAUGUUUUAUUUUAUUUGUCGCUACUUUUCUUCGCAACCAUACACCUAAUACUUUCAUCUGUUUCAUAGAACUGUAAUUCGCCUUUGGGUGCUGAGAGAUGAAGGAAAGUAGCACGAAAGGGAAGGGAAAUUGAUGCAUUGUGUUUUGUGUUGUUCGUGGAUGGGAAGAAUGGUCAAAGUCUUGUAGGAUUGUUCAGGUGAGGUGGGUGAGUUGAAUUUUUCUUUUUCUUCAAAAAUAAGGAAAAGGAACAUAAAAAUUUAACGUCAAGGCAACCCAAGAGAAUCAUAGGGUUUUGAGGAGGAGAAUGGCGUCGGACGUGGAAGGGGAGAAGCUAUGGGAGGAGGUUCUGAGGAAGAUGCUCCCUGUGGGUGCUCCAUUGCCCGACGAAGAACAUCUUGAUUACUCGAUCGCAGUCGAAUACGAGGGCCCUCCGUUGCCAUAUGAAGUCCCUAGAGUUGAUCCUUUGGAUGUUGAUUCUCUCUCUAUUCGCAGUUCUUCCAUGGUUUCUGUUUCGGCGUCGGACCUUCAGUCGAUUCCAGUUGCCGCCCCAAUACUGCCGGUGGUGAAGGCAACAAACUAUUCGAGGUUCAAUCGAGUCAGAAAUGGAGCGUCUUUGAGGGAACUACGGAGUCCGGUGGAGAGUGGGCGGUCUUCGUCCUCAGUGUGGAGAGGUCAAUUGGGAUCGCGGAACAGCGAGGUCGAAGAUUCGGAUUGCGGAAAUGGAAGGGGCGAGCUGUUCAGUUCGGCCUCAUCGGUUCAGGAUCCAAAUUCAGUAUCCACUUCGACUCUUGCAAGUUUGAAACCUGUGGCAGAAGGGAGACGAUCUACUAUGGUGACGUUCAAUGUGGCUAGAGAGUCUGAGAUUGAUGAAGAUGAGUUUUCUUCACCGCGGUCUAGUGUUCCUGAUGCCACAGAUUUGCCAAUUAUGUUACGGAAUCAAGAGAAGGGGACAAGGAAAAGAGGUGUUUGUAGCAGAUGUGGCAAAAGGAACAGGUUGAAGGAGAGGGAGGCUUGCAUUGUAUGUGAUGCAAGAUAUUGUAAAAAUUGUCUGCUUAAGGCGAUGGGCUCAAUGCCAGAGGGUCGGAAAUGUGUUAGUUGCCUAGGGCAGCCUAUAAACGAGUCAAAGAGGUCCAGUUUGGGUAAAUGUUCUAGAAUGCUGUCCAAGGCAUGCAGUCCUUUAGAAGUUGGGCAGAUAAUGAAGGCUGAGAAGGAAUGCUUGGCAAAUCAGCUUCGUCCUGAGCAGCUUAUUGUGAAUGGGAGACAGCUACGGCAAGAGGAGUUGGCUGAGGUUUUAGGUUGCUCAAUCCCUCCGCAGAAGUUGAAGCCUGGGAGGUAUUGGUAUGAUAAGGAUUCAGGCCUCUGGGGAAAGGAGGGAGAAAAACCUGAUCGGAUUAUAAGCUCAAAAUUGAAUAUUGGGGGUAAGUUGCAGUUGGAUGCUAGCAAUGGGAGCACAAAAGUCUUCAUAAAUGGGCGUGAAAUUACGAAGAUUGAGCUGAAAGUAUUAAAGAUGGCCAAUGUACAGUGCCCUAGGGAUACUCACUUUUGGUUGUAUGAUGAUGGAUCUUAUGAAGAAGAAGGUCAAAAUAACAUAAAAGGAAACAUAUGGGGAAAGGCAUCCACUCGUUUCAUUUGUUCAUUAUUUUCAUUGCCUGUACCACCUGGAAUUUUCCAAGGGCCAAAAGAAGAUCCAACUGCAUUUUCAAGUAGAUCUGUGCCUGAGUAUUUGGAGCAGGGAAGAGUUCAGAAACUUCUGUUGUUUGGGUUGGAAGGAUCUGGAACCAGCACUCUCUUCAAGCAGGCAAAGUUUUUAUAUGGAAACAAGUUCACUCCACAAGAGCUUCAGAAUAUCAAACUUAUGAUUCAAAGUAAUAUGUACAAGUAUCUCAGCCUCUUACUUGAGGGACGCGAACGAUUUGAAGAGGAGGCUUUGAUGGAAAGAAAAAAUAAUGUUUCAGAUGCUGAAGGGUCUGAUCCAGGAGUUGAUCAAAGUAAGCCAUGCAUCUAUUCAAUCAACCAAAAGUUCAAACAUUUUUCUGACUGGUUACUGGGAAUCAUGGCUAUGGGAGACUUGGAUGCUUUUUUCCCUGCCGCAACACGUGAAUAUGCUCCUCUUGUAGACGAGCUUUGGAAGGAUCCUGCCAUCCAGGAAACUUACAAGAGAAGAGAGGAAUUGCUUUUUCUUCCUGAUGUUGCUAAAUACUUCUUGGAUCGGGCUAUUGAGAUAUCAAGCAAUGAGUAUGAACCUUCACAGAAAGACAUUUUAUAUGCUGAAGGAGUCACUCAGAGCAAUGGUCUUGCCUUCAUGGAAUUCUCAUUUGAUGAUCGAAGUCCCAUGUCUGAGAUAUAUAACGAGAAUUUGGAAUGCCCACCUCCAUCGUCCAAGUACCAACUAAUCCGAAUAAAUUCCAAGGGAUUGCAUGAUGGGUGCAAAUGGCUGGACAUGUUUGAGGAUGUAAGGGCAGUGAUUUUCUGUGUUGCUUUAAGUGACUAUGACCACAUGUACACUGAUAGUGCGGGUUCUCUUUAUAAUAAAAUGCUGGCAAGCAGAGAUUUGUUUGAGAGUUUGGUGAGGCACCCUUGCUUUAUAGACACCCGUUUUGUGCUCCUCCUUAACAAAUAUGAUGCAUUUGAAGAAAAGAUAAACCGUUCUCCAUUAGCAGUUUGUGAAUGGUUUUGGGAGUUUAGUCCGGUGAGGCCCCAUCACAACAAUCAGUCGUUGGCACACCAAGCUUAUUACUAUGUGGCAAUGAAAUUCAAAGAUCUGUAUCAUUCCAUCAGUAGUCGGAAGUUGUUUGUGUGGAAGACCAGGGCCCGGGAGCCCAGCUCAGUGGAUGAGGCAUUCAAGUUUAUAAGGGAGGUUCUCAAGUGGGAAGAAGACAAGGAUGAUAACACGUAUGACAUAACUGGGGAUGAAUCAUUUUACAGUACAGAACCAAGUUCCUCUCCUUAUAUUAGGCAAGAGUAGGAGAGCUGUGUUUUGAAGACAUGGCAUGCCUAGCUAUUCUUUUUCCUUCUCUAUAGGGCUAAGUCUAUGCCAUAUUGAGGUUAGUUUGGCUGUGGCUAUGUUCGGUUACAGGCCUUUAAGAGUAAUUUACAAUCAAAGCCAUCUUGAUUCUGACUUUUUUAGGGUGAAUCUUUUGGUCUGUACAGUGCAAUUGAUUUGAUUAAUAAAUAAAACAUUUUAGAAGUUUUUUUUUUUUCC